UGGGAGUAUAAAAGCCAACUGGCUGAUCCACUUCGGGCUCACACGCGCUCCAACUCUCGCUUUCAGCCGUACUGCUCCACUCUCGAUUCCCUCAAAAAAUGUGCAAAUUCCUCCCUCUGCUCGUCCUCGCUGUGGUGGUGGCCUGCGGCCAUGCCCUGCCCGUGGAGGGUGAACGCGAACGCGAAGUGAUUGAGAUCCUCAGCUCGGAGACCAACAAGUUCGAUGAUGGAUCCUACAACUCGCAGUACUCGACGGCGGACGGAACCAGCCGGCACGAGGAGGCCACCGUCGUCGACCAGGGCACCGAUGAGGAGGCGCUGGAGGUGAAGGGCUCCUACAAGUACAUCAAUGACGAAGGCCAGGAGGUCGAGGUCCACUACACAGCGGGCAAGAACGGUUUCGUGCCCUACAGCUCCAUCAUCAGUCCGGAGAUCACAGCUGUUGCCGAGGCGGCCAAGAAUCUGCCCAAGGAGCCCGAACUGAAGCCAAAGGCAUUGCAGGAGCCAUAGGUUUGUAUCGUUAUAUAACAAAUCAAAAUAAAUUAACAAAAAAACAAACAAAA